AUGGAAAGUUCUGUGCGAGAACUUCGUGAUGGUGACCGUCGCGCUCGGGAACUGUACCAUUAUUUUCAACCCGAUAAUCCGGCGCUUCUUCCGACUGGAAAACUUCUCCCGACUGGGAACCCGAUUGGGCAAUGCACCGAUUCGUCGACGACGCUUUCAGCCAAAACCAGUCCAAAUCUUGUGUUGACGGCCCUUGCGCAACUGGCGGCGAUGAAGCUAGGAGUUCAGCGGGCGAUAAUUAGUUUGAUCGACCGGGAAACGCUUUACGUUGUAGCGGAAGCAUCAAAGUCGCUAAAUUUGGACAAAAAUGAUAUCUACGACGAUGAUGGCGACGGUCUCUGGAUGGGCUGCGCACGCGGCCCUGUCUCCGGGACUUUGUGCGAGAAAACGAUUACCUUGAAACCCACCACCGAACAAAAAUACCCAUUCUUCAUUGUGAACGAUUUAAGACAACAUCCGGCCUUUUGCAACAUACCCUGUGUCGCGGAAGCUCCUCACUUCCGCUACUAUGCAGGAACACCAUUGAUCACGACCAAUGGAAUCAAUAUUGGCAGUUUAUACGUGAUCGAUCCUCGACCCAACCUGUCUUUGACCGAGUCCCAGAAAGAAGCACUCGGUACUAUAGCGGAUGCAGUUAUGGAUUAUAUGGAAACGUCACGUCAAUCACUAGAAGCCAAUCGCUUGGCCAAGGUGCUUUCGGGUCUCAAUUCAUUUGUACAAGCUGAAGCCAACUCCGACACCUCCAAGAAACCGGCAUAUCAGAGUACCGACCUAUCGGGUAAAGAUCCACCCCACGCACAACAGCCCUUGGAGGGCGAAAAAGAACACUUCUCUAUCAAAGAUACGAACAAAGGCCCUCCAGUGCGCUCCAGAAGUCAAACGAAUAGUGCGGAAGAUUCCGACGACUUAUCCACCGAUACCGCCCCUUCUCCUCCUCUUCUAGAUCGCGAAACCCGAAGCCAAAAGGUCCCGACCUUGCCAUCCAAGCACACCAGUAGCAGGAUACAUCGGACGUUUCAACAUGCCGCCAAUAGCAUCCGGCAAAGUCUAGAUCUGGGUACAAACGGUGGCGUCGUCAUCUUUGGCACUAAUGCACGUGCGGAGCCUGAUUCUCACAAUGACGCGGAGCCAAAGUCGAGACUCGCCAAUAUUUGGGCCAUUUCGGAUACGCAGUCCCACGAUGAAAAUGGCGGCGUGUCACAUCCACACCCGGCAGCUCAGAUGGAUCUACAUUUUGUUCGCCGAAUCUUGCGGCGUUACCGGGGCGGGGGGCUCUGGAAUUUUCACCAAGACGGAACAGCCUUCUCAUCUGACGAGGAUGAAGUCAGCACCGGUGAACGGGAUGUGGGCGGUCUCUCUCCACCUCAGCUGUCGCUCCACCCACACUCAUUUGGUGCAUUGCGUGAGAAGGACCUACAGGCCUUGAAGAAAUAUUUUCCUAAUGCGAAGAGGAUUAUGUUUGUUCCUCUCUGGGACUCAUUCAAUUCUCGAUGGUUUGGAGGCUGCUUCAGUUGGAGCUGCCUCGAGACCCGCGUUUUCAGUGCCCAUGUCGAGCUGGGUGGGUUUUUUGGAUUCGGUUCUUCCUUGAUGGUCGAGUACAGUCGCAUCCAAAGUCAGGAGUCGGACAAGAAGAAGGACGACUUCAUCAGUACCAUCUCACACGAAUUGCGCAGUCCGCUGCAUGGGAUCCUAGCAGCCAAUGAAUUCCUAGCCGAGUAUGUGGAGUCAGAAUUCGCAAGGAGGCUGCUUGAUACGAUCAGUGCUUGUGGUCAAACUCUGCUUGACACGUUUGAGCAGAUUUUGGAUUUUGCCAAAAUCAACUCUUUCGAAAGCAAGCGACAGCGGUCUGGUUCCAGUUCCCCGUCUCCUAGAACUCGACAAAGGAUCAGCAGCGGUGACAUUUCUCAGCAGCCUUUCCGGCUUCUCAAGAAGGUCGAUGUCGUCGCAGUCAUUGAAGAUGUCAUCGAGAGUGUCUAUUCGGGACAGAUCUUGUCGGGUGCAAUGACUAGUGGCAGUAACGCAUUCGGGAGAUGGUCCUUGGAUACAACAGGGGAUCAUAAUGGUACAGCAAAAGUUACCAAGCUUGAACGACUCGAUGUUUUCAUCGAUGCUGCACCUCGGAAUUGGGAGUUUGUACUGGAACCAGGGGCAUUGCGACGUGUUGUCAUGAAUGUCUUUGGAAAUGCGCUGAAGUACACUGAGGCCGGAACUGUUUCUGUUCGCCUUGAGAUCCUGAAAGCCGACGUGAACACCGGCUCAAAACUGUCCGAGGGUGUUGGCUCCCCGGAACUUCUCUUAACAAUCUCUGAUACGGGGAAGGGCAUCUCAAGUCAAUAUCUUCGCUCCGAUAUAUUCACACCCUUUUCACAAGAGGAUGUUUUAUCCCCAGGAACCGGACUCGGCCUGUCACUCGUCCGCAAGAUUCUUCGACCGCUGAAUGGCAAUAUCUCCAUCGAAAGUCAACUCGGGGUGGGCACCACCGUAAAAAUGACUUUCCCUCUUACACAGCCUCACCAGCACAAGAUCCUUGAACCCAGCUCCUCGAUUUCUGAUUCUUCCCUCGAGGCGACCAAUUUAAUCCAGCAAGUAAGGACUGGGCUUGAAGGGAAGUUCCUGCGUUUCAUCACAGCUCAAGAUCCAGCAUUUGUCACUCCUCCCUCAAACCUUACGAUCACAAACUAUUUGACGGAAUGGUUUGGAAUGAAGAUUUGGACUGAAGAGUCCACCGCGCCCAUCGAUUUCUUGCUCGUCAAUGAGCGUGAAUUGGAUCUUGUCGUCAAUACACAACAUGAAUCUUUAAUUAUUGUUCUAUGUCAUCGAAGCCCUAGGACGUGGUCAACCAUUACUGGGCCGAACAAGCUACCUUCAAAUGCCAUAUGCCUCUCUCUCCCCUGUGGCCCUCAUCAACUAGCUCGAACAUUGCUUGGUUCUAUCAAUUGCAUGACACCGAACCGGCCAUUGGGACUCGCUGAGCCCUCGCCGGUCGGAUUCACAGAACAUGUCUCUGAGAUCAACCAUCUCUUGAAGCAUCACAGCCUGUCCAAUACGCAGGUGAUGGGGCCCACUUCGACGCCUGAUACCUUGCACUCCGAGGCAACUUCAAAUAAGAGGCCCUUGAUAACGCAUGAUCGGGACGUUCCGAAAUCCAACCCCCGCUUAAAUUUCUCAACUACACAAAAUGGUUCGCUAGUGGAGAGCGUUAUUUCCCACACGCAUGUCCCCUUGACAACUAAUGCAACCUCUGGCAUUCGAAUUCUUUUGGUGGAGGAUAACGCAAUCAACCUCGCUCUCCUCGAAAAAUAUCUUGCCCGAACGAAACCUCACACCCUACACACGGCCAUCAAUGGACAAAAAGCUGUCGAUGCAGUCCAGGCAACGUCUUCGGGUUAUCAUUACAUAUUCAUGGAUUUGUCCAUGCCGGUCAUGGACGGGUUCGAAGCAACCCGGCAAAUUCGUUUGAUAGAACGCGCGGGACGAGCGGAACACCCUGCCAAGAUCAUUGCACUCACUGGACUGGGAUCCGACGAACAUAUCAGGAAAGCCUAUGCAGCUGGCGUCGACGUCUUUCUCACGAAACCGAUCUCUUUCAAAGAUAUUUUGAGGUUGUUAGAUGGACGGAAAGAUCAAUCAUGA